UGACGGUGACGUCAGAUUCACGUGGGAAGUUGGACAGGAAUGGACGUCGUAAUUGUGUAGAAUUUGAUUAAGUGAAAUAACAAACAUGUCUGAUUCAGAAAUAAGCGAGAAAACGCCUUUGAUUACUUCUUCUCGGAAAAAUUAUUAUAUCGAAGAAUUAGAGUCUUUUGAACAUGAACAUCUUGAUAUUCAAGAUUACUAUUCGUGGAAUGAAAAUAAUGGUCAACCUUCAAUCGAAUUAGGAUCAUUUAAUUUAUUGUCUCAGAAAUAUGAGAGUCUUGAUUAUGAUAAAUGUGAGAAUUCAAUAUUUAUUGAAGAAGAAAAAGAAAAUGGAUACUGGUUGAUAAAGAAGAUGAGUAUUUAUCGUUGGCUCAUUAUAGUGGCAAUUGGAACACUCACCGCCAUGACAGGAUGUUUUAUAACAAUUUUAAUUGAUUUGUUAACUAGACUGAAAUUUUCUGUUUUGAAAUUUUAUGUUGAUAAAUGUACAGAUAAAGAUUGCAUGUUUAUACCAUAUAUAUUGUGGAUAAUAUUUAAUGUUGUUUCAGUUUUAAUUGGAUCAUUACUUGUUACUUACAUUGCCCCUGUUGCUGCUGGAAGUGGUAUUCCUGUCAUCAAAUGUUAUUUAAAUGGAGUAAAAAUUCCAGAAGUAGUUAGGAUAAAAACCUUAAUUGUAAAAGCUGUUGGUGUUAUUUUAUCAGUUGUUGGAGGUUUAGCAGUUGGAAAGGAAGGACCAAUGAUUCAUUGUGGUUCAGUUAUUGCUGCUGGAAUUUCCCAAGGAAAAAGCACUACCUUUCGAAAAGAUUUUAAGGUUUUUGAAAGAUUUAGAGAAGAUCAUGAGAAAAGAGAUUUUGUUUCUGCAGGGGCUGCAGCUGGAGUGGCUACAGCUUUUGGUGCUCCAAUAGGUGGAGUUCUUUUCAGUUUAGAAGAGGGUGCAAGUUUUUGGAAUCAGUAUCUUACUUGGCGUAUUGUAAGUUAUCUCAUUUAUGCCAUUCGAUAUAUAACAAUCAGUAUAUCCAAUGAUGAUGUAUAUUUGCCAUAUCAUCCUCAAACCAUUGUUUUAGAAAUUGGAUGA